AUGAAUUAUACAAACAACACUGUCCUGGUGGAAAACUCUGGCGCUGCUGUUUUAUCAUUCAUCACACCAGAGGUGAAGUUAACUCUUUAUUUUGUCAUCUUCUUUCUUGGAUUGUUUGGUAACGUGCUCGUGGUCGUGGUAGUUGUAGGAAAGAGGCGUACUCGUUCCUUUCAUAACAUUUUUAUCCUAAAUCUAGCGAUCUCGGACCUGAUACUUAUUCUAAUAUACUUUCCAAUGUACUUUGGCCACGCCAUUGGACAGUUCCACGCACCAAAGCUAUUCUGCCAGUUGAUAUGGCCUCUUAUCACAGUGGCAUAUUUGUCCAGCAUAUUUAAUAUCAUGUCAAUGGCUGUUCUUCGCUGUAAGGGGAUCAUAAAUCCGUAUACUUCAAGCAUCAGUCAGAGGUCAGUAUACAUCUACAUUGCCAUGCUAUGGAUUGUGGCGUAUAUUUGUGUGAUACCAGGGAUUGUGUAUGCUGAAGUCAAUCCUUAUAAUGGUAUGUGUUAUGAUGCCUGGCCAAACGUGCAGAGCAAGAGAGCUUUUACUCUGUUCAUGUUGACAAUACAGUAUAUCCUACCUUUAUGCAUCAUCGCCGUUGCCUAUGUUCUCAUUGGCCUGGAGCUCAGACAAUCGAAAUCCCGCAAACUAUCCGACCAGUCUAGAGCAUUUUCUAAAGCGAGAAGGCGUGAAGAUGCCCAAGUUGUGCGGGCCAUUGCAUCAAUUGUAGUCAUAUUUGCCGUGUGUAUGUUUCCAAAGCAUUUUGCAUCCUUAUAUUAUUACUUUGGAAAAAACAGCUCAAAGAAAGCGCAGAUCCUUUUCAGAAUGCUUAGUCUUUCCGAAGUGUUUGCUGUACUUCACAGUUGUUUAAAUCCACUGGUUUACGGAACAGUCAUGAAGCACUUUCGUGUUGAGUACAUAAAAUAUCUGAAAAAAAUGUUUUGCUGCCUGUGGAAGUCAGGUUCUGGAAGAAUCAUUGAUAUCACAAGAGUAAGUGGGAGUAAUUCGGUUGAUUCUGCAACUAGCGAGAAGUUCAUUCGAACAGUAAGAUCAGAUGUCGUCAUGUCCACGUUGAAUGCAACAGAGCUAAAAGAAUUACCAGUUUCCUGA